CGGAGACACUGCAGGAUGAUUUUUUAAUCUAUGCAAAUGAGUGAUAACAUACCAGCAGUGAUCAGGAGAGCACGUGAAUCCGUGGAAAAAAAGGCAUUAAUGAUGAUGCAUGUGUAGUCAGAAAUCGGCUUUAUUAUAGAGAUGCACUGUGGGCUUGAUACGGAGUGUGUGGAAUAGCUGUAGUCUGGGCGGGAGAGUGGGGGUGUAGCCUGUGAGCCUAUGGUAAUGAGACAGAGAGAGAGAGAGAGGGAGGGAGAGAGAGAGAGAGACGCGGGUGGACAGUGUGAUGCUGUGCGUUAUCUAGAGGCUAAAUGAGGGUUGUCUUUCCCAGUCCAGGCAGCAGGGCUUCUCCACCCUUCCAGCGAGGAUCUGUAAUUUACACGACACCAGCAGGGCGCCUGUCGGAUCUCCAUCGGACUCUGCGCUGAAUCUCCCACAGCGGUGCUGCUGCUUCUGCUGCUCCAUCAUCACCAAACCCUCACCGCCAAAGCAGGAGAAGCAGCUCUGAUUUGCGUGCCAUGUGCAGAACGACAUGUAUGUGUGAUUUCACGCGGUGACACGAGCGGACGGGAAUGGACCAGUUGUCAUCAAAUUCCUGCAGACGCACCGACGGUGAUACAUUGAAGGCUGUCGUGUAGAGAGAGAAGACCUUCAUACGCAGCAGCAGCCAGUCCGAGAGAUACGUGUGGUUUUUUUAUUGGCAGUGAGGAGGAAUCGUUCAUCAGGGUUCGGCUUCCAUGUCAACCUUAACAAUGGGGGAGCAGCCCAUCUACAGCACGAGGGCCCACGUCUUCCAGAUUGACCCCAACACCAAGAAGAACUGGCUGCCCACCAGCAAGCAUGCCGUCACUGUCUCCUACUUCUAUGACAGUACGCGCAAUGUCUACCGCAUCAUCAGCCUGGAUGGCACCAAGGCAAUAAUCAACAGCACCAUCAGUCCCAACAUGACGUUCACAAAGACCUCACAGAAGUUUGGCCAGUGGGCGGACAGUCGAGCCAACACCGUCUACGGCCUGGGAUUCUCCACUGAGCAUCAUCUAGCCAAGUUUGCAGAGAAGUUUGCGGAGUAUAAAGAAGCAGCACGGCUCGCUAAAGAGAAGAGUCAAGAGAAGAUGGAGAUGGCCACGUCUCCUUCUCAGGAGUCUCCAGGAGGCGAGCUCUCGUCGCCUUUGACCCCAGUGACUCCCCCCAUGGAAAACAUCAACGGCACAGAUGACAUCUGUGACACGACUCCCAACUCAGACAGCCGUCCAGAGCCGUCGCAGAACGCACUGGCCUUCGCACACAGCCCCGCCAUGACAAAACACUGGGAGGCUGAGCUGGAAGCGCUAAAGGGGAACAAUGCCAAGCUAACGGCAGCUCUGCUGGAGUCCACAGCCAACGUCAAACAGUGGAAACAACAACUGGCUGCCUACCAGGAGGAGGCCGAGAGACUACACAAACGGGUGACGGAGCUCGAGUGCCAGAGCAACCAGACACCAGUGAUCAAAUCCCAGAAGACCGAACUAAACCAAACCAUAGAGGAACUGGAGAACACGCUAAGGGAUAAAGAAGAGGAAAUGGAGAAGUUGAAAGAGGAAUUGGAAAACAUGAAUGACCUGAUGGAGCAGAAAGACACUCUUACCCAGAAACUUGAGGAGACGGAGCUGCGCAGUCGGGUGCUGGAGGAGCAGCUAGCGGGGGCCGAGCAGCGGCUGGAGGAGAACCAGGAGGAGCAGGAGAAUUUCAGAAAGAGCCUGCGGACGCUGCUGGAGCUGCUGGACGGCAAGAUCUUUGAGCUGACGGAGCUCAGAGACACCUUGGCUCGGCUCAUAGAGGAGGCCAGCUAGAGACGGAGCUGCCUAAUCUUCACAGACAGAGCCAUAUGAUAAUUUACACCCCCAGCUCACCCACACCCAUUCUACCCACCUUCCUCCCACACACCACCCACACACACACAUUAAAACCAAGACACUACACUGCCCCAAUUCUGAUUUUGCUCAAAAAAAGGGCAGCUAACUCCCCAAUUUUACCUUGCAGGCAUCAGGCUCCAACGCACCGCAGGCACUCCUGUAGUUCGAGACAACGCAGGGACUACCUCAUCUUGCCUUCUGAUUGGCUGGUGUAGGCGUAACCUCGGUUGAAUUGAUCUCUAUGUCGUGGCACACUGCAACUGCCCCCCCAAACCCACCCACACACUCUCAAAGAGUUAACUUGAGAACUGUGCCUCAGUGCCAUCUGCUGUUUGACUGGGAGAGCUGCACCACAGCUUGCAGCAUCACAACAUCACACACACACACACACACACACACACAAACCCCUUUUCUUCCUCUCUAAACUGCCCCCCCAAGGGGAAUGUUGAAAGUCAUGUGGAAAUAAUUGCUGUUAAGACUCAGAGAACUGCGCCAAAGCUGCCAAAUCCCCCCAAAAUAUUGUCCUCUAACUAGCAGAUGCUUUGAUCCAAAGUGACUUACUGUACAGAGAAGUGCUGAACAAAGAAACAGAGUUCCAUGUUUGAGCUCGGGCUGCCAGCGAAGCGUGUCACUGGAAACAGAGAAUUAAAGGACGGCUUUCAACAAACCAGUCAGUCUUACCUAUUGGCCAGGACGCACAGGGCUGCUGGGAAAUGAAGUUUGGUUUACUUAUCCAGAAUGACUGCUAUAGAUCCAAAACCCAUUUAAAAUCCCACAUGAUAGACGAAUCUUCCAGAGGCGUUGGUUCAUGCCACACAUGAAUUAGAUUUCGACAUGAGAAUCCCCGUAUCCAGACUGCUUCCACCAUCACAGACACCUGACCUGUCUUCCUGCCAAACUCAGUGUGGUGUGUGUUCCCCAAAAUGAGGCCUGACCUUCGACAUUAACGUGUGCCUUCAAAGCACAUAUGCGCCGUGGAUACGUUUGUACAUAACAUGUAUGUGUGUGUGAUUUGUGCUGUGAGAGAAAGCCCCUGUUUUUGGACAUCAAGGCCCACACACACACACAUACACACACUGAGCAAUACCAGACAGGCUCUAUACGACACCUCUAUCUAACUCUAUCAGGUACUCUACUCAGUGGACUCAUACAGAUAGGUCAAAUGCAACUCAGCUGAUCCCUCCCCUCUCCUCAGUUUGAAAGAAAGUGAACUACUGUUGACCGUGAAACCUGUGUGGCAGCCCUGUCUGGUCGAAGUAGUGCAUAGCGAAGGGCUUACAGAGCGUCAUCUACGUGUUCGUAAAUCUCCACCCUCAGUGAAACUGGCCACAGAUUUUCACUCCUCACGGGUGAACACAGAACUGUACUCAGUUUGUAUUCUUUUUUUUACACAGGAUAUAACACUGAUGAUAUAAUUAUAGAACUGUAUAAGACAACUUUCUACUCAUGACGUUGUAAAUGAAUGGAUGGAUAACUCAAAUGCAGUAACGCCCUGCAGUGGCUUAUUGUUGUGUAUUAACCCACGGGAAAAAAGUAUUGCUUAGUUAUUAUAGAGUAUCUAGUCUGUAGGUAAACAAUGACAACCUCUUCAAUAUAUAUUUAAAAUACGUAAAAACACAAUGUGAACACAUCGUGUUGAACGUCCUGUACCAAAACAUACACUUCCGAAGCAGCUCCUGUACUGAUAAAAUCCAAAAAUGCAUCUUAAAAUCUUUUUUUAAACUCACUAAAUUUCUAAAAAAGCUAUAUCCUCACAUGAAAUGCUGCUUAUAUUACUUUUUAAUUGAGCACCCUGUUUGCACUGUGUUAUUACACCGUUGUAACUACAUUAUAUAUCAAGAGAUUUGCAUUCAAAACUAGCACAGCGUAAUUCUGUACUUAAGAUAUUGUAGUUAGUAACACAGGUUAAUACACUGGAAUAAGACCCAUGUAAAGGAAGUUACCCAAUUCUUUUUUUUUUUUCUGGUUUAACUCUGACAGUCGAAUGACAGAAAUGGAAAACCUUGAUAUUAUAAUGCUAUUGUUAAUGAAUGCCUUUGUACAGUAGUGGAUAAGAAGCUUUUCAUUCUCCUGUUUUGUAACUUAUGGUAUUUAAAUGUAGGUAUUAUUAUUAUUAUUGUAUUUAGAGGUAUGAGAAGACUGGCAAUAUUUUUGACUAUUUAAAGUAAUUUUGAACUCAUGAUAUUAAAGAGGUACCUCAGGCUAAUGAUGUUCGUAGAUUGGUGAGACUUGUGCGUUUGCAGGUGGAAGGAUUUACCAACACCUGUUGGUGCUUCAGCCAAACUAAAUCCUUCAGCCCCACCUGGCUGAGAACACACCUCUGUGAACUGAGAAAUGCUAUGUUUUAUAUACAAAUACAGUGACAGCAG